UGCGACGGGCAGGGCGCGUCGGGGUUGUGCUACUGCUGUGGACAGGCUUCUGAUCUCAGCACGUAGGAAUAACACCCAUGUCCUGAGUAUCACGGAGGUGCACAUAGUUUGAGACAGCAUCAAUGACAGCGAAGCAGUUGAUACAGCAGUAGACUAUUGAUUUUUGAAAUGUGUUUUUGAGGUCAUACCUGUUGUACUACAGCAGUCUACACGUGUAGCACAUAUAGUCACCGCACUCUCCAUGCGUUCACCACGCGUGGUACUUCUCCCCCCGCCCGUUUUCGCCCUAUAGCACCGAAACUGACGGCAGCAAUGGAACAUGACUUUGCUCCUUGNGCUUUUGGGGGAUAGCGGAACAGAUAAUAUGCUAGAUCUUCAACCUCACCAUCGAAGCGAUCUUUGAUCGCUGGGGUCACCUUGUAAACCAGCUGCAACACGAUGCAAUUCUAUCAAAGAUAGAUAUGUUCUGUCAGGCAAUUUAUGAGAAAGGUGCCCCGCUCACGCGUUGUUGGGGCUUUAUCGACGGCACUAUUCGCGCGAUCUCGCGACCUAAGCGUAAUCAGAGAUUGUGGUACAAUGGUUGGAAGCGAAAGCACGCGUUGAAGUAUCAAGCGAUCGACACCCCCGAUGGGAUAAUUCGCAUGCUUUGGGGUCCCAUACUCGGGCGUCGCCACGAUGUCGCCAUGGUAGGGGAAAGUGGUCUGCUGCAAGAUCUGCAGCAGUGGUUCAACGACGCAGCAGGCACCCCUUACUACGUAUUCGGCGACCCUGCGUACAGCCUUUCGCCCUGGUUGCUGGCGCCGUACAAGGGGGUUUUAAACGCCUUCGAACAGACCUUCAACACCGCAAUGAGCUCCGUCAGAGUCUCGGUGGCGCUCAGCGCUUGCGGGCUUGGUAAACAGUAUGCGGUCGCCGGCAUUCUGACGAAUUGUCACUCGUCCUUCUACCGCAACAACACUUCUUUCUACUUCGGUGUAAAACCCCCGUCGCUUCGUAGCUACCUGAACGGCGAAGGGUAGAGUGUGGGUUGACGGGCUGUGUCAGUGGCAUGGGGUGAUGGUGGCUUAGGUCGGGGGCGCUGGCAGAAGGUGCCGCUGAGACUCUAGUAGUAACGAAUGGCAUGCUCGCUGAUAUGUUUGCAGA